CCCGCGCGAGCGGAGAGUUGUCGGAGGCAGAAGGAGCAGCAGCAGCAACAAAGUUCCCGGGGCUUCUCCGAGGCUGCUGUCCGGGUUGCCUGUUUGGCCGCCCCCUCCCUGCCUGGCGAAGGCAAUGGCUUCCAAACUCCUGCGCGCGGUCAUCCUUGGGCCGCCUGGCUCGGGCAAAGGCACCGUGUGCCAGAGGAUCGCUCAGAGCUUUGGCCUCCAACAUCUCUCCAGCGGCCACUUCUUGCGGGAGAACAUCAAAGCGAACACCGAAGUUGGUGAUAUGGCAAAGCAGUCCAUAGAGAAGGGUCUUUUGGUUCCCGAUCAUGUGAUCACACGCCUCAUGAUGUCGGAGCUGGAGAGUAGACGCGGCCAGCACUGGCUACUAGACGGUUUUCCUAGGACCUUAGUUCAGGCUGAAGCCCUGGACAAAAUCUGCGAGCUGGAUCUAGUGAUAACUUUGAACAUUCCAUUUGAAACGCUCAAAGAUCGUCUCAGCCGACGUUGGAUCCACCCCGCUAGUGGAAGGGUAUAUAACCUGGACUUCAAUCCACCCCAUGUACACGGGGUUGAUGACAUCACAGGCGAACCGUUAGUCCAGCAGGAGGACGAUAAACCUGAAGCUGUGGCGGCCAGGCUAAGACAGUACAAGGAUGUGGCAAAGCCAGUCAUUGAAUUAUACAAGAGCCGAGGAGUACUUCACCAAUUUUCCGGGACGGAGACUAACAAAAUCUGGCCCUACGUUUACACGCUUUUCUCGAACAAGAUCACGCCUAUUCAGUCCAAAGAAGCAUACUGAGCCUGCCCGGCAGAAGAACCAGGAA